AGAUAGCUAUGAGGUCGUCUGUAUCGACACAUUGACACAUAGGCUGAUCUUAUAGAGAGAGAGAAACUCUUGGAAGUGUUUUGGGUCAUGCUGAAGCAGUGACUGAAGUACUUGAUGGUAGAGAGACAUAAGCGGGUAGCUUAGAAAUUUUUCAGUAGCGUGUGUUAGGGUGUUAACACUAGAUGUGUAAAAGCUGAAUUAAGCAGAUCUUGUAAUAGAUUGUUUAAAUGAGAUUCUAAUAAAACAUAUUAGUUGGUUGUAUUGUUUUGUCUCUUGGUUUACUUUAUGCGGUACUAUUGUGUUUGCAUCUUGGACUUAAUUAGACCAAGGGCGUGGUUAGGGACAAGGUUAUUGUGGGCAAGCUUAAGAUUUGUAACUUUGUCACGGGUGAGGUCUCGUGACCAUCCUGGAGCCAUUCUCUUAAGGCGCCAUCUCCGUAGGUGAAACCAUCUGCUGCAACACGAGGCUCUCGCAUUACUUCCUCACAAAAAAAAAAACAAAAAACAAAAAACAAAAACCAAUCAUUGACUUCAAAACGUCUAAACUAGGCUAGCUGCUAGUGUGAAUUUACAGAACAAUGCCCUACAGAAAACAAAACCGCAAACUCAAAUGUACCGUGUCAACCAAGAAACCACAAACUAGAUAGAAGAUUCGUUUUUCAUAAUCCACCUUAUAGAUUCAACAAGAAAAAUUCAUUGUGAAUGUAAGAUCGAAUGUAUAAAGCAUUAUGCUCAUAGUACUAAUGCGAGGCUCCAGCCUCCAUGUCGUAGGCAACUAAGUAAUGUCGAUAGAGAUAUAUCACUCACAUGCUGCAUGCAACUAUGUAAUGUCGAUAGGGAUAUAUUUUUGCCCACAUGCUGCAUGCAACUAUAUAUAAUCGAUAAAUUAAUCUCGACUUUGACUUUUCUGAAUGCCCACUUUAAUAUAUUUCAAGUGCUUCUUCUUCUUUUGGACAUUGAUCUCGCCUUUUAUUUUCCCCGAUUUGUCUAAUCCUUAUAAAGAAACUCUUCGCAUAUUCUUUUCCUAUAAUUACAUUGCAUAUAUUAUCUCAGAGUUUUAAGGGUAAAUCAAAUCCUAUCAUAUUCUUCCAAUUAAGUACCAAAAGAAUUGAAUUCUAUAAGGAAACUUAUUUUUGGUCUUUGAUUUUGUUACCAAACCUAAACCUUUUAGCAAAAAAAAAAAAGAAUAGUUACCAAAGUUUAGUUAUUUUCAUCCAAAUAUGAUAUGUACAAGAACCAAUAUAUAAUACUUUAUCUAGUAUAUAUAAAGACAGAUGAUAAAUAACUGUAGAUUGCGUUUAGAUAUUUAUUCUAUAAACAAAGACAAUGACCCCAUAAUCAAUUUGUUUGCUGAAGAUUUUUUGACUGGUCAGAAACAAAAUUAUAACAAAGAACUUUAGGCUUUUAAAUAAUCUUUUGUCUGUUUUUGUAAAGGAAAAUCAGAGAUUGCAGAUUGCAAAUCCUUGUUCAAUUCUUAAAUCUAAAAAUUCAAAAAAUGGGAGCAGAAGAAGAAAAGACAAGCGAGAGAUCAGUAAAGGUGUUGCUAUCUGGUAUGUUCAGCAGGAAGAAGAAGAAGAAGAAGAAGGGAUCAUCAUCACCAUCAAAUGAAGAUCCGCGUUUGAUGAUGAGAAGAGACAAAACUAAUAAUAAGAAUGUGCAUAUGUCUCUCUCUGAGUUGAUGAGGAAGUUGAAACAUUCUUUCAAAAAGGAGAAACCGCAACAUGACAACAAUAAGAGGUUACUAGUACUGCGGAAGAAGAAGGGAAAGAGUUUAUCAACAACAACUAAAGAUCAUUUCUUUAUCGAGCGGAUGGCUUCAAUAUCUCAGAAGUUACAACAACACCAUGUCUUCAAGGAGAAACAUAAUCUGUUGUCUGAGAAUGGAGAUUCCGAUCAACACUUGGCAACGAGUGAAGAGGCUCAAGGAAGGAUUGUAUCGCUGCUUCCGGGGUAUUCGUCCCCUUUUAGGAGCCCUGGGAAAAUAUGGGACCAGAAUCCAACUCUCCUUUCCAGAUCUGCUUCAGACAAUUUUAUGAAGUCUGAAACAUUGGCAGAGAUAGAAGAAAGGGUGGUUUCGUUAAGCCAGGAUAGUAGGAGCCCUUCCGUGUCCAGUAGCAGCCACAACUUCGUCACCUUUGAGAUAUCACAACUUCGAGAAGCUUCUGAUGUAGAGAAAGAUGAUGAGAGCUCCCAUGAAGAGAGCCUACCACAACCGUCUCUUCUCUCUGCGUCAUCACCAUCUCACUACAUAUCUAGAACCGAUGAAUACGAACUAGUUCUUGACCCGCUCUUCAUUGGAUAUGAAAUUAGUCCAGCAAGAGGUGAAGCAAAGAGACAGACUCUGUUUAACCACAAUGAAGAAAAAGAUGUUCCUAUGAAUGAAAAAGAAAGAGUGUUUAAGUACGUUAAAGCGGUGUUGGGUGCAAUAGACUCAAGCUGGGAAGAGAUGCACCUGAAAACAGAAUUCUCCGACCAGAUUCUCAACCCGGCUUUGUUCAACAACAUACCAUUCUAUCCAAGUCGGCUUUGUGCUGCUGACCAUGACCAUGAGCUCCUCUUUGACUCCAUCAACGAACUCAUCUUCGAAUUUUGCAGGUUUCCUCAAUGGGUAUCCUUUGUUAAACCAAGAACUGAUCAAGUCUUCUCAUUCAAUGGUGAUGAGAGCAUCGUUGACGAGGUUCAGAAAGAGGUUUAUUCUCGUCUCUUCCCGUUGCAGUUUGCUGACUCGGUGGACCAAAUCAUUAGAGAAGACAUGGAUAAACGCGGAAACUGGUUAGAUGACGUUAGAAGUGAGGUUGAGUGCAUUGGCUUUGAGACUAGUGAACUGAUUCUAAAUGAAUUACUGGAACAGCUCAUGCUUGACUUGUUGUGAAGAUUAGAAGAUGAUCACCCUGUACUAGCAAUCACUUUGGAGAGAUGAGUAUAUGAAGACUAUUUUUUUUUUUUGGGGUCAAACUGAAGACUAUAUCUAUGUAAAAAAAAUUCAUGGAAUUAUGAAUGAUUAAAUCCAGCUUUGAGCUA